UGGCAGUCCCUGGACUCGCCAUCGCCGCCGGGGACUCGGCAGCCGGGCAGCGCUCCGGCUCCUCCUCUCGCGACCGCCCUCCGCAGCGAUGGACGGAGACGGUGACCCAGACAGUGUAGGCCAGCCUGAGGCGGCGAGCCCGGAGGAGGUGUGCGCGGAGGAGGGGAGCGCAGAGGAGGACCGGCCCGAGGAGGAGGAGGAGGAGGAGGAGGAGGAGGAGGAGGAGGAGGAGGCAGCGGCGUACCUGGCCGAGCUGCCCGAGCCACUGCUGCUGCGCGUGCUGGCCGAGCUGCCGGCCAUUGAGCUCGUGCAGGCCUGCCGGCUAGUGUGCCUGCGCUGGAAGGAGCUGGUGGACGGCGCCCCACUGUGGUUGCUCAAGUGCCAGCAGGAGGGGCUGGUGGCCGAGGGCGGCGCCGAGGACGAGCGCGACCACUGGCAGCAGUUCUACUUCCUGAGCAAGCGGCGGCGCAACCUGCUGCGAAACCCAUGCGGGGAAGAGGACUUGGAGGGCUGGUGUGAUGUGGAGCAUGGUGGGGACGGCUGGAGGGUGGAGGAGCUGCCUGGAGACUCUGGGGCGGAAUUCACCCAGGAUGAGAGCGUCAAGAAGUUCUUCGUCUCUUCCUUUGAGUGGUGUCGCAAAGCGCAGGUCAUUGACCUGCAGGCCGAGGGCUACUGGGAGGAGCUGCUGGACACGACUCAGCCGACCAUCGUGGUGAAGGACUGGUACUCGGGCCGCAGCGACGCCGGCUGCCUGUACGAGCUCACGGUGAAGCUGCUGUCGGAGCACGAGGACGUGCUGGCAGAGUUCAACAGUGGGCAGGUGGUGGUUACCCAGGAUGCCGACGAAGGGGGCUGGACCGAGAUUUCUCACACUUUCACCGACUACGGGCCCGGCCUCCGCUUCAUUCGCUUCGAACAUGGGGGGCAGGACUCUGUCUACUGGAAGGGCUGGUUCGGAGCCCGGAUGACCAACAGCAGCGUGUGGGUGGAGCCCUGAGUGACCAUGCCCCUCAGCUGCCGGGGAGGGCAGAGGCCGGGGGUAGAUAGGUCUUAAUUUAGUCGGUAGCAUUCUUGCCUCCCCUACCCCACUCUUCUCCCGACCUUUGCCCCCAUCCCCCGCAGCCCCACUCCUCUCCUGCCCCUUGUCCCAAGCCCAGCCCUCCCACGCUAGGAGAGAGAGUGUUCUUUGGGUAUAAAUCUGCAUAUAUUUGCAUCUCAUUGCUAGCCCGCAGCUAGAAUGCAAGCUUUCAGAGGAUGUGGGCCUGGGGUGGCCCUCACUGCUGUAUCUCCCGCUCAUAGCACAGUGCCUGCCUCUCUGUGGGUGCUCAAUAAAUACUGUUUGUCGAA